AUCGCGAAAACUGGAACCGGUUUUACACGCGCAAAUCCAUUGAUCCAAGUUCCGAACCGGCGUGGGUUUUGUUGACGUGAGUGAGACAGCAAUUUUUCUGUCAUCCGAUUCUCUUCCGAGUCUCAGGUUUCUCCUCAAGGAAAGAAAAGGGAAUAAAAUCAACGGCAUGGGGACGUCCGACGAAGCCCAGAGCAUCAAAGCGGAAGGCAACGAUUUGUUCAAAGCCGGCGACUAUGUCGGGGCGCUGGAAAAAUACAACAGCGCCUUGAAGCUGACCGACGAGGAGAACCACAAGGCUGUGCUUCUGAACAACCGAGCUGCCGCCAACAUCAAGCUCCGCAGAUACGAGGACGCCGUGAAGGAUGCAACCGAAGUUUUGGAGAUGACGCCUUCGGACGUGAAGGCCCUCUACCGUCGAAGCCAGGCGUACGAGGCGCUCGGAAAGGUAGAGGAAGCGUUCAGGGACGCCCGCAAGGUGCUUCACCUGGAUCCCAAGAACACUGCUGUUCAGCCGAGCCUACGGCGACUCAGCCAAGCCAUUCAGGAAAUUGCCAAGGAGAACGCAAGCACGAGCAACAAGGUCGGUCAGAUGUUGGGAGUCGUCGGUGACCCUACAUUGAACCUCGAACUCAAGGUCCAGGCAGGAAACAACCUCGUGGUGAUUGCUCGGGAGAAAGCCGGCGCCGAGGCGAUUGUGAAGUCGGACGGACUUGCCAAGUGCCUAGCUGCCAUGAGAAGCCUCAAGAGCCCAGAGUUCUCGCUUGCUUGCAUCAGGAUCUUUGCUGAACUCUGCAAGAAAAGUACCGAAUGGGCGUCACUGGUGCUGAAGGAAUUUGGCCUCCCGAUGAUGGUCAACCAGUUUGUCAGCAAAGACAACCAGCAAGUGACUGCUGUCCAGUACCUCUUCCAGACCAUGAUUAACGUCUUCAGCGGCAUGGACUCCAAAGAUUCCAAGAAACCGGACAAAGAACUGAUGAAAAAACACGAGCAAGAAAUCGACUCCAUAAUGCUGCUGCUCGUCAAGAGUGUCUCGAGUCGCGUCAUGACGGCGCUGGGACGUGAUGCCAUCCUUGAGCUGCUCACCAAAAAUGUAGACUAUGAACGUCUCAACUGGGGAAUGAAGCUGGUUGACUCAGACGGGCUUGUGGAACUGCUGGAGGUUGCCAGUGAGCUUGAAGAGAUCCGAUAUGAGAGCAGCAUGGACAUCACUUCCAACACGAGGCCCAACUGCUCGGUCUUGCUCGAGAGGAUCUACUUCUGCAUGGACUACGACAGGGCCAAGGAGAAGUACAGGGAAAAGGUCACAGACUAUGUCAACGGCAAGCUCAGGGACCUUGAGAUUGAGAGCAAGGUUCGAGUGACGUCUGCGAUUACGGCUCUCCUUCUGGGUCCUCUCGACGUCGGAAACCAAUGCUUGGCUACACCAGGUGUCGUUGAAAUGAUGCUCGCCAUGGCCGGCUCCGAAGACGAAGUACAACAGCGUGUGGCAGCCGAAGCCAUCAUCGCCGCCGCUUCCAAGAAGGACAAGUGUACCAGCAUCAUCUCCAUGGGGAUGGGAAUCCUCAAGAAGCUGUAUCAGUCGCACAACGACAACAUCAGGGUCCGGGCGCUCGUUGGGUUGUGCAAGCUGGGGUCCUUCGGAGGCACGGACUCUAGCAUGCGACCGUUCUCGGACGGCACGACGCUGAAACUGGCGGCAACCUGCAGGAAUUUUCUUGUGAAUUCCAAGAACGACAAGGACUUGAGGAAGUGGGCCGCGGAGGGGCUGGCGUUCCUCACGCUAGACGCCGAGGUCAAGGAGGACCUCAUCGCCGACAAAAAUGCCAUCCACGCCCUGAUCGACUUGGCAAAGGUGGAACAGAAGACUGUGCUCUAUGGCGUGGUCACCACCCUGGUCAACCUGACCAACAGCUACGAGAAACAGGAGGUCUUGCCGGAGCUGAAGGAACUCGCCAAGUUCGCCAAGCAGCACGUACCCGAGGAACACGAGCUGGAUGCCAAAGAGCACGUGGAAAAACGCAUCAAACUACUGGCAGAGUCCGGCGUCACGGUAGCUUUGGUGGCGCUCUCGACGACGGAGAGCAGAAACAGCCGAGAAAUGAUCGCGAGGGUCUUCAACGCCAUCUGCGAACAGCAGGAGCUUCGCGGACACGUCGUACAACAGGGAGGAGCCAAGGCCUUACUCAAACUGGCGGCCGAGAACACCCCGAAUGGCAAGUUCAUCUCCGCACAGGCGCUGGCACGCCUUGGAAUAACCAUCAACCCCGAAGUUGCCUUUCCGGGUCAGAGGGCUGUGGAAGUGAUUCGGCCCCUGAUGUCACUGCUUCACCCGGAGUGCACGGCCCUGCAGAACUUUGAGUCACUCAUGGCUCUCACUAACCUCGCCACCAUUAGUGAGGGCGUACGGUCACACAUCAUCAAGGACGGGGGAAUCACAACGGUGGAGAAUUACUGCUACGAGGAUCACGUGAUGCUCAAGCGCGCUGGAGUUCAGUGUAUCCUCAAUCUCCUACAAAGCGAAGAGGUUGUACGGAUCUACGAGAAGGGAGACAGAGUCAAGUACCUCACCUUGUGCCUCGAGGACGAAGACUACGACACCAGCCAGGCGGCGGCUGGAGCUCUUGCCAUGCUGACAUCCGUCAGCGAUGUGGCGUGCCAAAAAGUCGUUGAGGUCAAGGACUGGGUCGAGAUCUUCGGGGGUCUGGCGGCCCACAAGGACGAAGCCCUCCAGCACCGCGGCGUCUGCAUCCUCCACAACCUUGUGCACUCAAAGCGAGACGUCGCCGAGAGGCUCGUCGGCAGCUCUCUGCUCGAAGUCCUCCUGGCAGUGACCCAGGUCGAAGGAGCGGCAGCAAGUGACAAGGUUCGCAAGCUCGCGCAGGAGACUCUCAGCAAGGCCGAACAGUGGAAGCUCAUCCAGAAGUCGUCCGAACAGGACGAGCCUCAGGAAGAGCCGGCAGACGUCCAGUAGUGACUCGGCAAAACGAGAAGUGUCCCCGUGUUGUUGUGCAGACAAGUGAAUCUGUCUCUUGGGUGCAACGCAUGUUUCACGCGUGCGACGACUGCUGCUUUGGUGCCACGAGGCAAGACGAAAAGACUGGCAGACGAGAAGCGCGUGUUCUUGCACGAGGCACAAACUCUGCGUUGACGCCGCGAAGCCUGGCGUGAUUUGGAGGCAUUGCGUUGCAUUGAGGGUGUUUAGACAAUAUUUAGUUUUGAUUUUGUCCAGUUGAGACGGCACACCUUUCCCAGAUGAAUUUUCUAUCCCCUUCGUACAAACGGCUCAAAGCCGCGUUUCUAUUAGCGAUUUACACUCGGAACAUGCUUCACUGAAAGCGGAACAAAGGCUGAGUCGGCGCUCCAGUGCCUUUCAAACAGUCUACUCUAGCAACCGUGAAAAUUACAAAAAAGUCUCCGUAUAUUUUAUAUUAAAAAAGAACAACUCUUAACCAGGUUUGUGCCUACCAGAAAAUGUAUGAUUGAACAAGCAUGCCAGCUGCCUCCUUCCGUUUUGCUGCCAGUGAAAAGUUGUUCUCGAGUUAGUGCCACAAUUAGCCUCAAAUGUGCCACAAACUUUGCACCCGUCCGAUCGAACGUGACAGAAUAUAACCAUGUCUGCGUCCAGUUUCACCCUGAGCGAGCUCACUCGGCAGCGGCCGUGGCCAGUGCAGGCUCGUUGCUUUCGAUGGGGUUCCGCCGCACGUGCGUGUCCGUUGCGGACACCCCUUCCAAGGCAACGGCAAGCCAUGGCCCAUAGUUUUUUUUUUUUUUUGUCUGUGCACAGUUGCCACAUGGUGCGAGAUGCACUGGGCUUAUUUGACACACCUAACCCGUCUACUCUGGAGCAGGUGAGACCCCCAGCGUAGGGCGACGCAUUUCUGCCGAGUCUCCUUCGAACCGCCAAAAAAAUAAAACAGAAGCCGUCGACGUGCAUUCAAUGCU